AGCUACGCACGACGUGCAGUGGUUCAAAGAGGAAGGAAGAUGGCGGACAACAAAGGCGAGGAUGAUAUGGACACCUCUGUUAAUUCAGACACAGCGCCUCCUGCACAAGACAGUGGGAAUUCACAAACGAACGAAGACAACGUGGUUAUAGUAAUUGAACCGAAUUUGAAGGAUGAAGUUCCAGAGUCGCGGGAGAGUGCCCCUACGGCCCCUCUACCAUCCACCAGCGAAGAAGGGGAAGCUAGCAACAGCAGCGGCGGCGGAGCGGGAGCCGAAGCCAACGGCGAGGCGAGCAGCACCCACAGCCCCGCCGAGAAUACUAGUGCGAACCAAGAGCCCACUGCCACGGAGUCCCCGGCCACCGGGGAUGCUCCCGUGAGCGGACUGACCACUGAGAUGUCGCCCCCUCCCACGGUCCCGCCAGUUACGCCAGCUGCCAUCCCUAUUAAUCUUUUGGAUACGUGCGCGGUGUGUAAACAGAAUCUCCAAAACCGAGAAUGUGAACCCAAACUUCUUCCCUGUCUACACUCGUUUUGUUUGAAAUGUAUACCUCAGCCAGACAGACAGCUAAGCUUACAGGUGCCCGGACCACACGGACAGACAGAGACUCAUAUAGUGAACGUCAUGCGGUGCACGGUCUGUUGCCAGGACUACAAGCAAAGUGACAUCAUCGACAACUACUUCGUCAAAGACACGUCCGAGGCCACGAACACGUCGAGCGAGAAGUCCGCGCAGACUUGCACCAGCUGUGAGGACAACGCGGGCACCAUCGGCUUCUGCGUGGAGUGCGCCGAGUGGCUGUGCAAGACGUGCGUGGAGGCCCACCAGCGGGUGAAGAUCACCAAGGACCACAAGAUCCGCACCAAGGAUGACGACGGCGCCGGGGAGGAGCCCACCACGCCAGCCCCGGCCUCAGCAGGACAGAGGCCCGUGUUCUGUCCGGUCCACAAGCAGGAACCGCUGAAGCUCUUCUGCGAGACCUGUGACACGCUUACCUGCCGGGACUGUCAGCUCCUGGAGCACAAAGAACACAGGUACCAGUUCCUAGAGGAGGCCUUCCUCAACCAGAAGGGCAUCAUCGAGACCCACAUGACCAAGCUGCAGGAGAAGAGGGGCUACGUGGGCUUCUCGGUCGCCCAGGUGCAGACCAGGUUAAAAGAGCUGAGCGAGACUCACAGGAAGGUGGAGCAGGAGAUCAAGAUCGCCGUCUUCACGCUCAUCAACGAGAUCAACAAGAAGGGCAAGUCCCUGCUCCAGCAGCUCGAGGGUGUGACCAAGGAGAGGAACCGGCGGCUGGUCACGCAGCACAAGGACACAGCCCAGCUGGCCCAGCAGAUCCACCACGUGCUCAAGUUCUGCCACUGGGCCAUUACCACCGGCAGCAGCACUGCCCUACUCUACAGCAAGAGGCUGAUUCUGUUUCAGCUACGGCAGGUCCUCAAAGCCAGGUUGGAGCCCGUACCGCAGGCUAACGGAUCAGUGCGCUUCUUCUGCGACCCCACCUUCUGGGCCAAGAAUGUGGUGAACCUAGGUAACCUUGUCAUCGAGAAGCCCCCCCAGUCGGCGCACCCCGCCAACGUGCUGGUGGCCGGCCCCCCAAUCCCGUCCGCCCCUGGCCACCCGAGCAAGCACCAGGGCCAGAUCAACCUGGCACAGCUACGGCUGCAGCACAUGCAGCAGCAGCAGGCAGCGUACGCACAACAGAAGCAGCAGCAUCAACAGCAGCAGCAGCAACAGCAGCAGCAGCAGCAGCAGCAGCAGCAACAUCAACAACAGCAGCAGCAGCAGCAGCAGCAUCAGCAACAGCAGCAACAGCAUCAACAGCAGCAGCAGCAGCAUCAACAGCAGCAUCAACAACAACAGCAGCAUCAGCAGCAGAUCCAACAGCAGAUGCGCAUGGCGUCGCAACUGAGCCAGCAACACGCAAGGCCUUCGAUGGGGCAGGCGGGUCCGUCGAUGGUACAGCAGCAGCCCCCCAGGCUGAUCAGCAUGCAGCAGAUAGCCAGGGGUCCUGUGCCCAUGAACGGGGGGCCGGGCCCCCACAUGUACCCUUCCUCCCACCACAUGCGUCUCCCGGGGCCCUCGCCCCAGGCACGCAUGCCCAGCGCCCAGCCGCGGCACAACGGGCAGCCCCAAUACCCCGGUAUGAUGCAGCCCCAGCUACAGAGACAGAUGUCAAUAGAGUCUGAGAUGAGCCACCAAAGGUUUCGUUUCUUACUACAGUCAGGGCAUUCGAACCCGGGGCACGCCGGCCCCUUCCCCGUGGCCUCCCUGCACAACGCCAACCCCACCAGCCCCACCAGCGCCAGCAUGGCCAGCAUGGCCAGCGCCCACGGCCACCGGGGGACCACCAGCCCCAUCGUGGGGCCCAUCGAGCUCAUCCCCUCCGUCACCAACCCCGAGAACCUGCCCUGCCUGCCUGAGAUCCCCCCCAUCCAGCUGGAGGAUGCUGGUUCCAGCAGCCUAGGUCAGCUGCUGACGCGCUACAUCACGGCCAGCACUCACGCCCUGCCCCACCUGCCGCUGAACCUCGGGGAGAUCAACCUCUCCCCGGGGCCCUCCACCCACUCCCCCGGCUCCUCAGGUUUGUCCAACGCCCACACCCCAGCUCGGCCCUCAAGCAACUCCAGUACAGGCAGCAGGGGCAGCUGUAGUUCUGCAGGGCGGACGGUGGUCCCGGGAGGCCCUGGAGUGGACCAGGUCAGGGUCAAGCAGGAGCCCGGCACCAAGGAGGACUACGGCUGCACCGCCUCCAACUCCUCCUCCUCCAACUCCUCCGUCAAGACGGAGCGGGGGAACGACUCGGGCCGGAGCGCGUGCAUGAUGAGCAGCCCAGAGAGCCCGCUGGCCCCCCUGGGGCUCCCCCCGCCCAGCAGCCAGGACGUGUACAAGCCCCUGGGGGACCGCAUCAAGACGGAGCCCCAGUCGGACGCCCCCUGCUCCGGCUACAACGGCUCCGGCGACGCCAGCGCCUUCAGCUUCCCUUCGACGACCUCCGCCGCAUCCGCCGCCAACACCACCACCACCACCACCUCGUCCUCCUCCACGUCCACCGGCAGGACCACCACGCCGGCCCCCCCCCCCGCCGCCGCCGCCUUGGCCCCCACGAAUGAGGCCCCCUCGGACCCGCCGCUCACCAACGGCACGGCGGGCACCAGCCCGUCGGAGAGCUCCGCGGCGGAGGGGGGGGAACCGACCGGGGCCGACGCCGCCGGGGCCGGCAGCAAGGAGGACGACCCCAACGAGGACUGGUGCGCCGUGUGCAUCAACGGCGGCGACCUGCUGUGCUGCGACCGCUGCCCCAAGGUGUUCCACAUGAAGUGCCACGUCCCCUCCAUCAAGAUCUUUCCCAAGGGAGACUUCCUGUGUACGUUCUGCCGGAGUCUGGACACCCCUGAGAUCCAGUACUGUGACGACAGCAAGAGGAAUUCUGACCAGAGCUUGAGUCCUGAGGAUCAAAGGCGCUGUGAGCGUCUCCUGCUGUACGUCUUCUGCCAUGAGCUCAGCGUGGGCUUCAGGGAGCCCGUGGCCACCUCGGUGCCCAACUACUACAAGAUCAUCAAGCAGCCCAUGGACCUGCAGAAGGUGAAGAAGAAGCUGCAGGUGCGCAGCGCCCAGCAGUACCGCAGCACCCAGGACUUUGUCUCGGACGUGCGCCUGGUCUUCAGCAACUGCUCCAAGUACAACGAGAUGUCUCGAAUAAUCCAGGUAUAUGAUGAGGAGAAACAGAUUAAUACGCAGGUGGGCUCCGAGAUGGCGACGUCGGGCAACGCGGUGAGCGUGCGCUUUGAGGAGAAGCUCAAGGAGGUGUACCCGGGCCAGAGCUUCCCCGAGGCGCCCGAGCCGGAGUUCCAGGAAGGAGGAGGGGAAACGCCGAAGCCGCAGACGCCGCAGAAGGAGGACGAGGCCACGGACGACUCCGAGGACGACUUCAUCCAGCCCCGGCGCAAGAGACUAAAAGUGGACGAGAAGGCCCUGCACAUCAAGUGAGGAGGGUCUCUUGCGGACCCAAGGCUCCGACCUCGGAGGUCCCAGUGUCCGCCGAGCCGGGGGGAGAAGCAGGAAGCAGUCGUCGUUUUUUUCCUCGGCUUUUGCUCGGCUUUUGCUCGGGCUGCGAAGGACUUCUCUGGGCCCAUGUGGGACAAAACACGGACUGUACAGAUGUUGAACUCUCGAGGUCGGAAAGAGGAAUCGGCUGCCGUUCCCGAUCACAGACGCUCCCGAAUCGCGCUUGUACAGAGAACGUUAUGGUAGUAUUUUGUUUUUGCGGUAGUGAAAAUACCUGGAGCUUUGUUUUUUUUUAUCAUUAUUAUUAUUAUAUUUGAAGAUUGGUUUGUGAAAUUUUGCUUUCUAAAACCAUUUGAACAUGCCCAUCCCCAGAUUGUAAUGUAUUAUAACUCUACUUUGACAUGAAACGUAUCAAGUGUUCGUAUGACACUCUGAGGGGUUGUGUAAAUAAGAGAUUAUAGCCCAACUGAAGGUAUUCCUCUGGAUAUUUGAGUGCAUCGUCAAUAAAAAAAUGGUCUUGGAAUAUAUCCAUAAAAA